CUCCACUACACCCUUUGACCAUCUUCACUUUCUCUCUCCCUCCUAUCUUCAGUUUUCUCUGUUAAUACACCACCUCCUCUCCUCUCUGUCUUCCUCUCCCCCUUCCUCUACUCUCAAAUGGAAGCAAGAGAAGAUAGAGAAUAACUAACAUCAGAAAGGAAAGAUGAAGACUAAGAGCAUCUUCUGUAUCUACAACAAUAUUUCCCUCUCCUCGUUCUCCCUGCUCCCCAUCACUGUUUCUCUGCAUCUUCUCGUCUUGCUAAUCUUCUUUCUCCCUCCAUCUUCACCAGCUCCUUCCGGCGGGGUUUUCAGGGACGAACAAAAGUUACUGCUGUUCAAAGCUUCGAUUCCUGACCAAACCCAGCUUCAAAACUGGGUAUCCUCCGCAGCAAGCCCAUGUAGCUUCGCCGGCGUCACAUGCAAGAGCUCAAGGGUCAUUUCCAUAGAUCUCACAAGCGUUAUGCUCAGCGUAGAUUUCGCCUUGGUGUCUUCCCACUUGCUGAGUCUUGAAAACCUGGAGAGCCUUGUUGUGAAGAACACCAAUCUCACUGGCUCCCUUGUUUCUGACUCAAAAUCCCAAUGCGGGGGUUCUUUGAGCUACCUAGAUCUAGCGGAAAACUCCAUCUCAGGAUCUGUUUCUGACAUUUCUGCCCUUAGCGGUUGGUGUUAUAACCUCAAGACCCUUAACCUCUCAAGGAACUCCAUGGACCUUCCUGGGAAUGGCGGCGGCGGAAGUGGGGAAACCUCCAUUAAGCUUCAAAGUCUUGAUCUUUCACACAAUAAUAUUUCUGGGCAAAGCUUAAUCUUCUUUCUGUUGUCACCAGAGCUAGAGUUCUUGUCCUUGAAGGGUAAUAAACUGUCCGGAAGCAUCCCGGAGCUGAGCUUCAAGAAUCUGUCACAUUUGGACCUUUCUGCCAACAACUUCUCCACAGAUUUUCCUUCAUUUCAAGACUGCUCCAGUUUACAGCAUCUUGAUUUGUCAUCUAACAAGUUUACUGGUAAUAGUAUAGGGGCCUCACUCUCUUCUUGCUCCAACCUCAUUUUCCUCAACCUCACCAACAAUAAAUUUGUGGGUGCGGCUCCUAAGCUUCCCAGUGGCAGCUUGCAGUACUUGUACCUUCGGGGAAGUGGGUUUGGGGGGUUACUCCCAGAGAGCAUUGGCGAUUUAUGUGACACUCUUGUGGAAUUGGACUUGUCUUCCAAUAACUUAUCUGGUAAUCUCCAGGAGACCCUUGGCGAUUGCUCAGGUUUGGAACUUCUUGAUCUCUCCAAUAAUGAUUUUUCCGGUGAGCUGCCUAUUGAAACCCUGGUAAAGAUGAGUAGCUUGAAAACUCUGGUUCUCUCAUUCAAUAAUUUUGUGGGUGGCUUGUCUGGGUCAUUGUCCAGCUUGGUAAAGCUGGAGACUUUAGAUUUGAGUUCUAAUAAUAUCUCAGGUUUGAUUCCCUCUGGGAUUUGUAAAGACCCCAGAAAUAGCUUGAAGGUGUUGUACCUUCAGAAUAAUCUAUUCAACGGCCCAAUCCCUGAGAGUCUAAGUAACUGUUCAAAACUGGAAUCUCUUGACCUCAGCUUUAAUUACCUGGUAGGAAAGAUUCCAUCCAGCCUCGGGUCAUUGUCAAAGCUAAAAGAUUUGAUCUUUUGGUUGAAUCAGCUAGAGGGCGAAAUCCCACUGGAGCUAAUGAACUUGCAGUCCUUGGAGAAUCUGAUUCUUGAUUUCAACCAACUUUCAGGAUCCAUCCCAGCAAGUCUCAGCAAAUGUACUAAUUUGAAUUGGAUCUCUUUGUCAAAUAAUUUAUUGACAGGGACUAUUCCCGCUUCACUGGGGAGCUUGGCUAACCUAGCCAUUCUGAAGCUGGGAAACAACUCCAUAUCCGGAAACAUACCACCUGAGCUGGGGAAUUGUCGGAGCUUGUUGUGGUUGGAUCUCAACACGAACUCACUCAACGGGUCAAUCCCACCCGCUCUUUUCAAACAAUCUGGCAAUAUUGCGCUGGCCUUGCUCACGGGGAAGCAAUAUGUGUACAUCAAGAAUGACGGCGGGAGUAAGGAGUGUCAUGGGGCAGGGAAUCUUUUGGAAUUCGGUGGAAUAAGGCAGGAUCGACUCGAUAGAAUUUCGGCAAGACACCCUUGUAAUUUCACUAGAGUCUACAAGGGAAUCACCCAACCUACAUUCAACCAUAAUGGUUCCAUGAUCUUCCUCGACCUCUCUUAUAACAAAUUGCAAGGAAAUAUCCCCAAGGAGUUAGGGUCCAUGUAUUAUCUCUCCAUUCUGAACUUGGGUCACAACAAUCUCUCUGGUCCCAUUCCUCAAGAUCUCAAAGGCCUGAAGAACGUAGCCAUUCUUGAUCUUUCCCACAACCAGCUUAAUGGGUCAAUUCCACAAACUUUGACUGGCCUCACAUUGCUCGGGGAUAUCGAUCUUUCAAGCAACCUGCUCACUGGAAUGAUACCCGAUUCAGUUCCUUUUGACACAUUCCCUGAUUACAGGUUUGCCAAUAAUUCAGGCCUUUGUGGGUACCCUCUUCAGAUUAAGUGUGGUUCGGCAUCAAGCUCAGGAGCAAACCAGCAUAACAAGAAUUUGAACCGCAGGCACGCAUCCAUUGCUGGAAGUGUAGCGAUGGGGUUGUUGUUUUCUCUCUUCUGCAUCAUCGGCUUGAUCAUAGUUGCCAUAGAGGCAAAGAAAAGGAGGAGGUCGUCGUUAGAGUCAUCUUCUAUGGAUACGGUUGGUCAAUAUUCCGCCUCGGGAACAGCUUAUAACAACACCGACUGGAAGCUGACGAGUAUACGUGAAGCUUUGAGCAUCAACCUAGCAACGUUUGAAAAGCCUUUGAGGAAACUGACCUUUGCGGAUCUCCUUGAAGCUACAAAUAACUUCCACAAUGACAGCCUUAUAGGUUCAGGGGGAUUUGGCGAUGUCUAUAAAGCCCAGUUGAAAGAUGGAAGCAUUGUUGCAAUAAAAAAGUUGAAAUAUGUGAGUGGACAGGGUGACCGAGAAUUUACAGCCGAGAUGGAGACGAUAGGGAAGAUCAAGCACCGGAAUCUCGUCCCUCUCUUAGGGUAUUGUAAAGUUGGCGAAGAACGGCUUUUGGUGUACGAGUACAUGAGGUACGGGAGCUUAGAGGACGUUCUUCGUGACCGGAAACAGGCCGGACUCAAGCUCAAUUGGGCCGCCAGAAGAAAAAUAGCCAUCGGAGCGGCAAGGGGAUUGGCAUUUCUUCAUCACAACUGCAUUCCACAUAUCAUUCACCGAGACAUGAAAUCGAGCAACGUGUUGCUUGACGAGAACUUGGAAGCUAGAGUUUCUGAUUUUGGGAUGGCGAGGCUGAUGAAUGCGGUGGACACUCAUUUGAGUGUGAGCACCUUGGCAGGCACCCCUGGGUAUGUCCCGCCUGAGUAUUACCAGAGCUUUCGGUGUUCGACAAAAGGAGACGUGUACAGUUAUGGUGUGGUUUUGCUGGAGCUGCUGACUGGGAAACAACCGACCGAUUUGCCGGAUUUUGGAGACAGCAAUCUGGUAGGGUGGGUGAAGCAGCAGGCGAAAACCAGAAUCCGGGAGGUCUUCGAUCCAGAGUUAUUGACAGAAGACCCGUGCUUGGAAAUCGAGCUUCUAGAACACUUGAAAGUGUCAGUCGCUUGUUUAGAUGACCGUCCCUUCAAGCGGCCCACUAUGAUUCAAGUAAUGACAAUGUUCAAGGAGAUUCAGGCGGGUUCAGGCGGGAUGAUGGACUCGUCAUCCACAAUCACUUCUGAAGACAGCGUCUUCCAGGGAGCAGUUCAUGGGGUAAAUAUGAGCAUAAAAGAAAGUAUCAAGGAAGGCAAUGAGCAAUGAUCCGAUCAAGGAAUUUCUAACUAAAACUUGGCCAUGGAUUCUUUGAAUUGACGGAAAACCUUGUUGUAUGUACCAAUAGUGCAGCUUUAAAAAAAUAACAAUAAAAAUCUUGUUAUCAGAAGAUAUAUGCUAUGCAUGAUAGAGAUUCUUAUACUGUAACACUGUUGUGUAUAAAUAGGGAUGGACGGGGAUUUACUACUAGUUUCAGUUUUUCAUUCCUCACGUACGGGCUGGCGCAUCAACUUCUGGGAGCUAGAUUGCCUGAUAAUCAAAGCAGCGUGUAAUUGUGUUUGUCACCCUAUGUCAUGGGUGAUUUUGACCCUUUCUCCGGCAUAUUGACUAAUUCAUUCAUUAGUGAUAAUAACGUCAACGUGUGUUUCCUUUAUACUCUUUCCAUAAUACCUCUUCUUUUCUCUUACCAAUUUCAUCCCAUAUUAUUGAGGGUAUGUUUAGC